GUUUUGCUGUCAAUUGUACACCAUAUAAGACAGAGAGCGCUAGUCUUUUACUUUUAUUAUUAACUCUUCCGCUGUAGGUUUGGGAAAAGAUUUACAGAAUGUUUUCUGUUAAAAUGGCGCUUCGGGUUUCGGUUCAUAGUAAGCUGUUUGCCCGAGGUCUGGGCUAUGAAGCAACUCGUAAAAAUAUAAAAGUAGAUUCAGAUACCAAAGUUAUCUAUCAAGGCUUUACUGGUAAGCACGGUACCUACAACAGCAGACAAGCAAUUGAAUACGGCACUAAUGUGGUAGGAGGUGUCUCUCCUAAAAAAGCCGGGACCAGCCAUCUGGGGUUGCCUGUGUUUAAAGAUGUAGCCGAAGCUCGUGAGGCCACCGGUGCUGAAGCUUCGGUCAUUUUUGUACCACCUAGAUUUGCAGCAGAUGCAAUCAUGGAAGCAAUUGAUGCUGAAAUACCACUGGUCGUUUGCAUAACUGAGGGAAUUCCUCAACAAGAUAUGGUGAAAGUGAAGACCAGAUUGGAACAGCAAGAUAAAACGAGACUAGUUGGACCUAACUCUCCAGGAAUUAUUGUUCCGGGGAAAUGUAAACUUGGUGUAAUGCCGGGACAUAUACACAGGGGCGGUGAGAUCGCUAUCGUAUCCAGAUCCGGCACGCUAAUGUAUGAAGCCGUCGAUGGAAUUAUAAAUGCCGGUUUCGGACAGACUAUUUGCGUUGGGAUCGGAGGGGAUCCGUUUAACGGAACUAACUUUGUUGAUUGUUUGGACGUUUUUCUCAAGGACGAUAAGACGGAAGGCAUCUUCCUUAUCGGAGAAAUAGGAGUCGAAGCGGAGGAAGAAGCGGCUGAGUAUCUUAAGAUGAAUAACGUAGGAAAAGGGGCAAAACCAGUUGCCGCAUAUAUUGCCGGAGUCACUGCACCACCUGACAGGCGCAUGGGGCAUGCUGGAGCCAUCAUUGCUGGAGGCAAGGGAGGAGCAGAGGGGAAGAUUAAGGCUCUUCGAGAUGCGGGAGUUAAUGUUACAUUAAAUCCUGCCCGCAUGGGCUGGGUGAUGUUACGCCAGUGGGAAACGGUAUACAAAAGGUUCAGGCCACUUCUUUGGUUUUAGUUAAGUGAUGCUUAUUUUCCUUUUAAUGAGGAACCUGGCUGGGGUAAUUCAACAUAAUUUAAUAAUAGGUUCUUAAACGUAUACACAAGUAAAGGAGAUUGUCAGCGUUGUAUUUUGAUGUAUACUAAAUACAAGUUUUGCAAUAAACGUUUGCGUCAUAAAUAACACAUUUCACGUUUUAGUAUCGUUUACCUGUCCGAUUUUUAUUGCAGUUCAAUAAAAUGAUUUAA